UGGUGGUGUCGCAGCAGAGAAGCAGCUUCUUAACGCUCAGGAAGUGGAUCUUGUGGUUUCAGGGGCUGAGCUCAGAAGGGGAGUUUAGAAAGCAAGAGAAAAAGUCCGGCUGAAAGGCAAACGAUGCUUCAGAGACCAGCAGAGGAGGAAAGGGCUGCGCGUCCCCCCCAAGACGGACAGGAAAGAGGGGGGGACAGGGACCGGAUCCUCCCUUCCCUAUGCUGCCUUCCAGCCGGAGGAGGGGUUUAAAGGGAGUCGCUGUCCGGGAGGCUGCUCCGAGUCGCCCAGGAGCCUGAAGGGAGCAGUCCUCAACACCUCCGCCGCCGCCUCCUCCCGCUUUCCCCGCCGGCACCAUGCCCCGCUCCUUCCUGGUGAAGAGCAAGAAGGCGCACAGCUACCACCAGCCCCGGGGGCCCGACCACGACCACGGCAGCCUCAGCCUCGAGAGCGUCCUGGCCCAGAUCUGCGCAGAGGCGAAGGUCCCCGCGGAGAUGCCGGAGGUGGAGCCCCCCGUGGGCCGCUUCUCUCCGGACUCGCAGCCCCCCGACGGGACGGACUCCGCUUCCUCUUCGUCCUCCUCCUCCUCUUCCUCCUCGGCGCCCCCCAGCUGCGAGGGCAGCCUCUGCACAGACAGAGCCGCCGAGAUGGAGGACUUCUGGAGGCCGCCCUCGCCCUCCGCCUCGCCAGCUUCUGAGAGGUCCAUCUGUCCAUCCUUAGAUGAAGCAUCCCCCUUCUCGGUGCCCUUGAAACCCUACGCAUGGAGCAGCCUGGGAAGCUCUGAGCUGAGGCAUUUGGUACAGAACUACAGGCCUUGCCCGGCUCUGGAACGGAACACAUCCCUUGGUAUUUUCUGUGAGCGGAGAUCUGAGCCCAGUCUCUUUGGAUCUGAGCGGAGCUCGGCACUGGGACUCUAUGGGGACUUUGGUUCCUCUGGACUCUUUGAGCGCCCAGCUGCAGCCCCUGGCAUCUAUGUGGAGGCCUCCUCUGGACUCCACCAGGAGAAGAAUGCAAGUGGCAUCAAACUGGAAUCAGAGCUCCUUUGUCGUCCCCUGUUGCUCAGUGGUUCCUACAAGUGUGUCAAGUGCAGCAAGGUCUUCUCCACUCCACAUGGCCUGGAGGUGCACGUUCGCCGUUCACACAGUGGCACCAGGCCCUUCGCUUGUGAAAUGUGCGGCAAGACCUUUGGCCAUGCUGUUAGCUUGGAGCAGCAUAAAGCAGUGCACUCACAGGAACGUAGCUUUGACUGCAAGAUCUGUGGCAAAAGCUUCAAGAGAUCCUCUACAUUAUCUACACACCUUCUCAUCCACUCAGAUACCCGGCCUUAUCCAUGUCAGUACUGUGGGAAGAGGUUCCACCAAAAAUCUGACAUGAAGAAGCACACAUUCAUUCAUACAGGUGAGAAGCCUCACAAGUGUCAGGUGUGUGGCAAAGCUUUCAGCCAGAGCUCCAACCUCAUCACUCACAGUCGGAAACACACUGGCUUCAAGCCCUUUGGCUGUGAUCUCUGUGGUAAAGGCUUCCAGAGAAAGGUGGAUUUGCGGAGACAUCGGGAGACACAACACGGCCUGAAGUGAGAGCCUCAUGGAAUCAGGGGAAAUCAACAGAAACACUAUGUCAAUGCAUUUUCCCUUCUUCCUGGUGGGUUGCCCUUUCCUUUCAUCAACUCUCUGGAUGUUUGACCCACUUCCAACCAUGCUUUUACUAAAUGGGAAAUUACAGCAUGUUGGUUAGGUUUUGGUAGAACUUAACCCAAUAAGUCUUGGGGUGAAAGGAGAAUGUCAUGGUUCAUGAAAGGCAGGAUGAACCCUCUUCUCUUUUUUCAUUCCUUUAAAACAUUGUGGGAAAAUAAUAUACUCCCCACCAGCUUGAAAUCCCAAAGACACUGUAUGGAUAAGGCUACCUGGUGCCUGCAAACCAGAAAGUCCUCUCUCCCUGUGGAUUUGCCUUAACUAAUUCUUUGCAUACCUCAUGGGGACGGAGGAAUAACAAAGACUGUACAUUCUUUUAUUUAGUUUUACCGUGUGUUCUUAUGUUCACUGCUGAAUAUUUAUUGGAAAUAAGUUUUAAAUUAAUAAAGUAUAGAACAUUU